AUGAUUGAGGAUGGCCAUCAAGAAUGUCAAGAAAAUGAUGCAGUUCAGGGUCGAAAGGAGGUAGUUCCCGACAGGACUUUAAGAAAUCAACAUCUCCCUAGUCGAGUAACAAUGAAGACUCUCUCACCCCUGAGUGUUUAGUUCGAACAUUUAUGGAAAGGGUAAUAUGAAGGACCCAAUUAUAAAACAUUAUUCAUUGGAGGAUCACGUCCAAAACAAGACGAGACAGAAAAAGACUUAAUGUUUAGGAGACUACUAUCUUGUUUGAUGGGUAAGUAGGACAGAUCAUACGGAAUGAAGGAACUUCUGAAGAUUAAAAUGAAGGAGAUUGGAGUUGAAACAGAAGUCAUAGAAAGUGGCUAAAUGCUCUCUCAUGGGUACCACACUGAUAUUUACGCCGAAGAUUUGGAUAAUUAAGGUACUCAUUCAGAAUUCAAAAGGAAGGAUUUGUUAAGACCAUACCUGAGUUCAUCAAUGCCAAGCUGGUAAUACAUAGAUGGGACCAGUUCCCUAAUAGGAACUCUAAGAUCAUAGGAACAUUAGGCGAGAAGAAAACCUUUCAUCUCAUACAGGAUGAUAUGGAAAUGUUACAUCAUGUCCUAUUACAUGGAAGUUAAAUUCAAUUAUUGGAGACCUAUUACUUAGAUAGAAACUAAUAAAGAAUUCAAUUGAUCAACAAGGAUUGGCCAUAGUUUAUAAGCAUGGCUCGUGGUAGAAAUAAACUAAUGAUCACAUCUACUAAGAAGAGUCGUGAUAAUUCAGUGGAGAGCUAAAGGGUUAAGCAAAUAUUUCAGGUUUUAGAGGAAAGUAANUUUUUACAAAAAAAACAUUUUGAAUAAGCAAUAAUUUAUAUGGCCAAAUUGACUAAAUUUACUCAAAUGUUAAAGCUCAACAAAAAAACUUAAGAUUCAAUCUCAAAAUAUUUUUAACUUUUUAUUCUCCAUAAAUCAUUUGAUGAGUAAUCUUGA